AGCUGUUUAUUUAAUACGUGUGACAGACAGAUGUGUGUGAGAAUGCAGCAGGAAAGCUUUACUGUCCGUUACUCUGUCUGUUUUACAUUUGAUUUUUCUCACACAUUUAAAUAGAUACUAAUCAGACAUUUAAUCAGAGGACUGAUCUCAGCGCGAGCACGCGCACAUACACCUGUGCACAUCGAACUCGGUUUAGCCGAUUUAGGUUUUCGCUCACGAUCAAGAGAAAACCAUUGCCCGUAUUUAUCAGAUGUGAAGGCGUUGCAUUUAUUUGUGAUCGUGUGCAGGUGUUUUUGAAGCGCAGUGGAUGAGCAUGCAUUAGCGCAGCAUCAGUUUGUCAGUGCGCAUGCGCACGCUGGAAGAGAGCAUGAGACCGCUGUCAGUGCUGUGGAGAAUCAUGAGAUAUCUGCUCCUGCGACCCGAGACCCUGCUGCUUCUCUGCAUAAGUCUCGCUCUGUGGAGCUAUCUCUUCCACACCGAUGAUGUAAAGACCAUCGUCCAAUCCAUGAACGUGAUGAAGGGUAAGAUGAAGAUGAUGCCGACUGAUGGAGAUGAUGUUGUGGAUGAACGGAAGGUGUCCAGGACAUGGGAGUUCAGGAGUCCGACCGCAGCCGUGUACUCUAUCCAGGGCAAGAGAGAUCAUAUGGAGGACAGGUUUCAUAUUCUCACUGACACCAUCAACAGAAGCCAUCCAGACAUCUUUGGCAUCUUUGAUGGACAUGGAGGAGAGGCAGCAGCAGAGUAUGUACAGACUCAUCUUCCAGCGGUCCUGAGUAAACAGCUCCAGCAGUAUGAGAGACAGAAGGAGAACACCCUGCUGAACCAUCAGUCAAUCCUCAAGCAGCACAUACUUAACAUGGACAAAGAGCUUGUGGAGAAACUCUCAGCCUCCUAUGAUGAAGCAGGAACUACAUGUCUGGUGGCUCUGCUGUCUGAGAAGCAGCUGACUGUAGCUAACGUUGGCGACUCAAGGGCCGUGUUGUGUGAUAAAGAGGGUAAUGCCAUCUCACUGUCACAUGACCACAAACCUUACCAGCUAAAAGAGAGAAAGAGGAUCAAGAAAGCAGGUGGCUUCAUUAGUUUCAAUGGAUCAUGGCGUGUGCAGGGCAUUCUAGCCAUGUCUCGUUCACUUGGGGAUUAUCCAUUUAAGAAACUGAACAUGUUAAUCCCUGACCCUGAUGUACUGACAUUUGACCUUGACAAACUGCAGCCUCAGUUUAUUAUUUUGGCAUCAGACGGGCUUUGGGACACCUUUAGCAACGAGGAAGCUGUACAUUUCAUUAAAGAACGUCUCAACGAGCCGCAUUUUGGUGCUAAGAGCAUCGUCCUUCAGUCGUUUUAUCGUGGCUGUCCUGACAAUAUCACCGUGAUGGUGGUAAAGUUAAAAAAAAGACGCUCUAAAGCUGCUGGCCAGUGAAGAUGAAUCAACUCUCAAAUGUAAAACUUAAAGUAAACAAGUAUUUUUAUGAAUGAAUAAUUGAAAGUAAUUCACAUUAUGCAUAAGUUAAAUGCCAUAUGUUAACACUGUCAACUGUAUUUUUGGAGCAAUUGUUUGUAUUUACAUUGAUGUACAAAUGUACACAAAUCCCUAUUAAAUUUUCGGCAAUCUUUAUGCUUCUCUUUUGCAGGGAAGAUUUAUAGGAUCCAUAUCUGUCAGGUUCUAACACAGACAAUACAGUCCCCCCCAAAAAUUCGUAAAAAGCAGUUCCUAUUACCCAUGGGGUGACGUCAGGUUAUUUGUGUUCUUUAUGGCUGCUUUUCCAUUGUCUGGAUCGGUACCAUGCACUUUGACUCGUUUCGCCUUACUUGGGCUUGGUCUGCUUUUCCAUUGAGUAGAGUACCGCUUUGGAGUGGGUGGGAUUAUAGGCGUGUUAUAUUAUUUAUGCACUGCCUACUGCUGUAACAUCAUACAAAACACGAGCAACAGAGCAUCGUUGGAAUACAGUGUUUCCCAUACAUUCAUUUAUUUGUCUCAGUCAGUCACAAAAUCAAAAUUGACCACCACAAGUAGAUUUUUGCACAUAAUUUUUAUCACUACCUCUGUAUCACAGUUUCUGUACAAACACCCGUGGCAUCAAUCAACGCACUCCGCCACAAAAGUCACGAAUGCCUUCUUACAGUAUAGUGGUGUGGCUACACAUGACCAAUUCACCUGUGGAGUUUAACCAAUGUCAGCAAUACCCAACAGUUUAUUCAAAACACUUCAUUAAGUGAGGCAUUGAGUGAAAAAGGGAAAGUGUGAGGUGAAGUGUGUGCCUCUGCUACCUCUGUACAAUAUAAAAAGUGAAAAGUGGGUUCAACCUAAAAAAAUUAUUUCAUCUGGUAAGUUUAUUUAACAAACCUUUGUCACCUAAAGUGUAACUAAUGUUCAUUUUUAACUUAAUUUUUUUUUAGGUGUUAUUUUAAGUUGAACCAACUUUAAACAAAUACAAACUAUUAUUCCAUUACAACAUCAGUUCUGUUCAUAAAAACACACCAUUUCUACACGCAUCUUUAAUGAAACACUUUGCGAUAUUUCAGGCAUAUCUGAUUUGUCACUUGAUUGAAAAUGAUUAUAGAAAGAUUUUAAUGGAAGUAUGUUGCCUUAUUGUAGUUUAAUGUUUAUGAAUUAUUUGCCAAACUUGUGUCGUGAUCCAGCAUUUGUGUUGAGGGAGUUCAGUGUGUCAUAUGCACAUUAAAUAUUAUUGUAUUUUAAAUACUGACAUUUCAUUGAGACAGGAAUAACAAAAUGAAUGUUUAUAUUAAAUAAAUAAUAUAACACAUUCAGAACAAUAGAAAUUGAAAUUUGUUUUCAGACAGUUUUGAAAAAUUCUUAUUCCAAUGCUGAUUGUGUUGAAGAAUGAAAGAAGUACAUUUGUAUUGUUUUUGUUGCAUUUCAGAAACUGUAAAAAAGUUCAAAUUAAUUGAGAGUAAUUAAAAUAAUAGUGAUGAAAUCUACUAUCUGUCUAUAUAUCUGAUCUGUUUUGCUAGAA